AUGAAGGACCCUGUACCCUAGAGCCAUGUACUGUGUAUAGCCUUAUCCCUGGGCCUGCAGGAGGAAGCUGUAAAGAUAAAAAAAACUUAAUUUCUGAGUUUACUGGCUUACACCACACUAGUGGUGAGAUUGCACCCCCAGGGCCCACCAGCGUCGAUGUACAGAACAAAAAGGUAUUGGUCACCUAAAGAAGGGGACAUAGUCCAAAGAUGGAAGAGGAGGAGGCGAUCCCCAAGCAGAGAGCGAGAGGGCCGACAACUGUAUACACACAGAAUAUCCCCAUAUAGGUCUCGCUCAAGAAGCUGGAAAAGGGACACAUUCUUCAGGCGGCGAAGAAUUACACGCUCUAGUGAGAUCAGAUUUUCUCAAGGGCACAGUUCUUCAUCCCACAGCCAGAGCUAUUCCUACUCAACCCGGUCACCAGCUCGUCCGCACUCAAGAGAACACACAAAAACAAAAGCAGAGAAACAUUCCCACAAGAGCUCUCGCAAACAUCGGACUAGGUCUGGUAGCUACUCUUCCUCGAAGAGCCAGCGGAGCACUAAGGACAACCAGAAUGUGGAGAAUGAUAAGGAAGGGCACCUGGUGUGCCGGACCGGAGAACGCAUCCAGGAGAGAUAUGAGAUUGUUGGAGACCUAGGAAUAGGAACUUUUGGCAAAGUGGUGGAGUGUCUGGACCUUGCCAGAGGCAACUCCCGAGUAGCACUUAAGAUCAUCCGCAAUGUGAGGAAAUAUCGGGAGGCAGCACAGCUGGAAAUUAAUGUCUUGGAGAAAAUCAAAGAGCGAGAUCAGGAUCACAAAAAUAUGUGUGUUCAGAUAAGGGACUGCUUUGAGUUCCAUGGACAUGUCUGCAUUGCCUUUGAGCUGCUGGGGAAAAGCACGUUUGAGUUUCAGAAAGAGAAUAAUUUCUUACCGUAUCCCCUGACCCAUAUCAGGCACAUGGCCUUCCAGUUGUGCCACGCAUUAAAGUUUUUGCAUGAGAAUCAGCUGACACACACUGACCUCAAACCUGAGAACAUUCUCUUUGUGAAUUCAGAAUAUGACAUCUGCUACAAUGAGAGUAAGAAGUGUGAAGAAAAACGUGUGAGAAAUUCCUCUAUCCGUGUAGUAGACUUUGGCAGUGCCACUUUUGACCAUGAAUAUCAUACCACUAUUGUGGCCACACGCCACUACCGUCCACCAGAAGUGAUACUUGAACUGGGCUGGUCCCAGCCAUGUGAUGUGUGGAGCUUGGGCUGCAUUCUAUUUGAGUACUACAGCGGAUUCACCCUUUUCCAGACACAUGAUAACCGGGAGCAUUUAGUAAUGAUGGAGAGAAUCCUUGGACCACUUCCACGCCGCAUGGUGUAUAAAACUAGGAAGCAAAAGUACUUCUGCCAUGGCUCCUUGAUCUGGGACGACAAUUCUUCAGAUGGGCAAUAUGUCAGCAAAAACUGUCACCAACUUAUGAAGUACAAGAGCAGUGAUUGUGCAGAACACAUGCAGCUGUUUGACUUGCUGAACAGAAUGUUGGAGUUGAGGCCUGCUCUGCGCAUCACGCUAAAAGAAGCCCUUGAACACCCCUUUUUCAGACCUCAGCAGAUGACAAAGCAGAAAGUUGACUGGACACUUUAGCAAGCAUAUUGCAGUUAUUUGUAUCAUUGCACUGUUGCAUGCUUCUUGCUCUGAACAUAUUUCACAAUAUAUCUGUAAUAUUAUUGGCUUAUAGUUAAGAGGACCAGUGCUACUCAUACAUGCCCAGUUUGGUCAAUAGUGAUCUCCCAUGGAAGUUGCACAAUACAGGCAUUUGUCAGUUGCUUGAUGCAAGGGCCAUUAAGAACAACCUGGUGGAAAAAGUCUUCCACUCAGCUGAUUAAAUACCUCUCAUUAAUGUGAUCAAGGAGGAUACUUAGUUCAUUGUUAGUCCUCCUGCCAGUCUACCUUUAAGUUAUGGUGCAGAGCAUUGUGGGAAGCUACAAACGUAAAAAAAAAAUGUUGCAUUUCUAUUUACAAGUGGUGAAUAAUACAUAUAAAUGUAUAUAUGGGUGCACUCAGGGAUGUAGAGGACUAUCAUUCUUCAGUGCUCAGCUGAGUUUUAGUUGGGGAAGAAGUAGCAAGGUCUAAAUCACUAUAAAUCACUCAUCCCUUUUACUGGUGUGCCACUGAUGUGCAAAUAUUAUAGGGAGGACCUUAACGUGUUGUCUUUGUUACUAAAGGUUUAUUGUAUUAAUAAAUUUAAAAGGCCGUUUUUUUCAUAAA